CCCUAUUUCAUCUGUUUGUUAUCAUUCUGUUUUUUGUUACGUCGACUUAGUCGUCUGUUUGUGGAUUUCCAUGUAUAAUUGUCAUAGAUCUGAUCGCUCUAUUGAUUUUUCUCAUCAAUUGCUUCUUCCUGCCUCCUACCCUCAUUCCGUGUUUGCGAUCAUUGUUAAUCAUAAUUCUUUCUUUUUUCUUUUCUAUCCAGUUUUUCAAGGAGAAAAGAUGUGGGGGAUUUUAAGCCAAAAACUUGGUGCUGCCAGAGGCUUAUCCUCUCAGGUUGUGGGGAAUUAUGUGCUGAGGUUAAGGCUUGCACCAUCAGCUAUGCCUAUGAGGCAUUACUCAUCUGCAACCAAAGAGUUUACUUUUCAAGUUGUACAGAUGACAGUACGGGAUGCUCUGAACUCUGCUCUUGAUGAGGAAAUGGCUGCUGAUCCUAAUGUCUUUGUUAUGGGUGAAGAGGUAGGAGAAUACCAGGGUGCAUACAAGAUAACCAAGGGCUUAUUGGACAAAUACGGUCCUGAAAGGGUUGUUGAUACCCCUAUCACAGAGGCUGGGUUUGCCGGGAUUGGAGUUGGUUCUGCAUAUCAUGGUCUGAGACCCGUAAUAGAGUUUAUGACUUUCAACUUCUCUAUGCAGGCAAUUGAUCAUAUCAUCAAUUCUGCUGCAAAGUCGAACUACAUGUCUGCUGGGCAGAUUAAUGUACCCAUUGUGUUUAGGGGACCAAAUGGGCCUGCUGCUGGUGUUGGUGCUCAACAUUCCCAGUGUUAUGGUGCAUGGUAUGGCUCUGUCCCUGGUUUGAAAGUGCUUGUACCUUACUCCUCUGAAGAUGCUCGUGGACUUCUAAAAGCUGCAAUUAGAGACCCUGAUCCUGUCGUUUUCCUUGAAAAUGAGUUGUUAUACGGUGAAACCUUCCCAAUUUCAGCAGAAGCCCUUGAUUCAAGUUUUUGCCUCCCAAUAGGAAAAGCAAAGAUAGAAAGAGAAGGGAAAGAUAUCACAAUCACAGCUUUUUCCAAGAUGGUUGGCUAUGCUCUUAAGGCGGCUGAAAUACUUGAAAAGGAGGGGAUAAAUGCAGAGGUUAUAAACCUGCGGUCCAUUCGACCGCUAGAUAGAGCUACCAUCAAUGCUUCAGUGAGGAAAACUAACCGGCUGGUGACUGUGGAGGAAGGGUUUCCUCAACAUGGUGUUGGUGCUGAAAUCUGUGCAACGGUUGUUGAAGACAGCUUUGGUUAUCUUGAUGCCCCUGUGGAGAGGAUAGCUGGAGCUGAUGUUCCCACACCUUAUGCUGCUAAUCUUGAGAGAAUGGCCUUUCCUCAGAUUGAGGAUAUUGUACGUGCUGCUAAGAGAGCAUGCUACAGGUCUGUACCAAUGGCCGCAAGUGCUUGAAAAUGAGAAUGCUGACUUUUUGUUUUAAUUGGAAUGGAUGGAUAUUUUUGAGAAAGCGUCACCUGAUUUGGAGGGGUGUACAUGUCUAUUUUUUGUUUUGUUUUUUCUUGUGUAUUGUGUGAGGUAGGCAAAGGAAAGGCCACAGAAUUCUCUCUUUCUUUUGAAAAAAAGAAAAUAAGAAGAUGCAAAAGUUUUGCGUUUGUUUAGUGUUGUUUUGUUUUUCUUAUAAAAGAACAUAAAAUGUGUUUCUCAUAUCAUCAUCAAAACAUGCAUUGAUAAAUCAUCAGGUAUACCUCCUCCUUCCUUCUU